UCACCGUUUAAAGCAAAGAAAUAGCAAAUUGCAAAACAAAAAGAAGAAGAAGAAGAAGAAGAAGAAGAAACAAUAUGGCUAAUAACUUGAAACUUGCAGCAACCAUGUCCAACUCCAUUAAUUCUGCUCGAGUUUUAGUCCCUGCAACUAGUUUUUGUAUUUCUAGAUGCUUUGUUAGUGCCACAAGACCUUCUGAAAUAGCAAAAGUUGAUAAAGAAACAGCCCAAAAGAUCAAAGAAGCAGCAGUAGCAGUGAAGGAAGGUGCUAAAGAAGUAAAGAGUGUAGGUGAAACUGUCAAAGAGACCGUCUCUUCUAGUGCUGGAGAUGUAAUUUCAGAGAUGGGAAAGAAGGUGUUGGACAAGGCAACAGAGAAUGAAGAGGAAGAAAAGGGUACAUGGGAAACAGUCAAGGAAAAAGUCGUUGGCAAAAAGUGACUGCAAAAUUAAUAGGCAUUUGGUUUUUCACGAUUUUGAAUGUCUUGAAUUCCAUUUUAUUAAAAUAUUUUACCUGUUUAUUUUAUCAGAUUUUAGUUGGUAUAUUGUAGUAGUAAUCAGGCUGGAACUCUUUCUAUAAUAUAGUCAUGAAUUUUGGAA